CUUUCCUUUUUAUUUAUCCCUCUCAUGAAAGUCCAUUUACUUAGAGGCUCCAUUCUCCAACUGCUAGUGACCAUUAGUCGUGAUUCUGACUUUGGUAAAACUUGAUCGUUAAUAAUUUAUCAGUACACACAUUUAUCAUGAGAUACAUCACGGCUACAAUUGGCUUAACAGUCCUAUUUUAUUUCAUGGCCAAUGGACAGACAAUUUUCAAUGUUGAUAUUUACUACGAAGCCUUAUGUCCUGACAGUCAAUUUUUUGUGAAAGAACAACUUGUUCGAUCAUAUCCCGAUCUUAAAAAACAUCUUCACAUAAAUUUUAUUCCUUAUGGAAAAGCGGAGCAUAAAAAAGUCGACUCAACCUGGCAUUUUUCAUGCCAACAUGGUCCAGCCGAGUGCCGUGGAAAUAAGGCCCAAGCUUGUGCCAUUAAUGAAAUAAAAAAUCUUGGACUCAAAUUGCAAGACGAACAACAAUUAUUGGUAGAUCUUGUUGGUUGCGCCAUGACUAGUCAAAAUCCCGAAAUUUCCGUUCCUUCGUGUGCAUUGAAAAUUGGCUUAAAAGAAGAUUUAAAGAAUCGUAUCGUUAUUUGCAAAGGAAAUUCUCAGGGUGAUGAACUUUUAUCCGAAUAUGGAAGAAUUUCAAAUAAUUUCCAAAAUCCAAUAUCAUUCGUGCCAUCAAUAGUAAUUAACGGAUCUUCACAAUAUCAAAACAUGGCAUUCAGAAAAUUUAAAGAAUUAAUUUGCUCACUUAUUCCGUCCAAUGAGAGACCCGCUAGUUGCAAGGUCGUCAACUAACAGAAAAAGGAGAUACGUGGGGUCAUCAAAAAAGAUUGGUGAUGGUAAUUUAAAUAAAAAAAAAAAGAAAACGUUCUAUUACUCAUUAAUCAAGGUCUAUUUUCUAAUUUAUAUUCAUUCACUACAAAAUACUUAUAUUUUUUUUUUUAUGUACAAAAAUAAACUCAUCAUCAAAUUA